UGUUUCCAUGAUACAAACAUUCAUGAGGCUAUUAUACAAUGAUUUGAGGCGAUCUAGUCAGCCAAUGUUUGGUUGGUUAUGUCCAAGCUUUGUACGAGAUAACAGUUGCGUAAAAAACGAAGAGGAGGUGAAAGCAUAUCUCAAGGAAUCUUUGAACGCAUGUUCUCGUAUUGGAUAUAAGAUCAUUCUUCUUCCUUACAUUGAAUCGAACCAUUGGACACUGAUUGCAAUAUGUUUGUCACGUAACGAAGUCUACCACUUUGAUUCUUUGCGUAAAGGAACAAUACGGUCCUUACUAGUCAAAUCAUUGUUAAAUAGUGUGAUGAAGAAGCUAAUAGGAUUUACGAUGCGAAAAUACAAACAAUUUGUACAAAACCUAUUCCCAAGAACACCCUAA